UUUGGUAUGGUGAAAAAUGUUAGGAAGUGCAAUAUGGACGACGUUAUAGUAGAGGAGAUAUGUAUCCUAUUGCUCAUAAAAAGAAGGAUAGAUCAUUUGUGAACGAAGAUGCUAGACAAAAAUAUGAACAAUUGCAUAAUGAAAUUCAGGAGACUUCUUCUGAGAAUGAGGCAUUCUUGAAAGUGUUUGGAAAGGAGCAUCCAGGAUAUGUUCGAGGCAUGGGACUUGGGGUUACUCCAACUCAAAUCAUUGGAUCAUAUUCUUCCUCUACGAGGUCUGGAUCUUCAUCAGAUGCGGCCACGAUAGCAGAAUUGCGAUCUGAAGUUGAAGCACUUAAGGCACGAGUUGGUGAAGUUGAUGUUUUGAAGGAACAAUUAGCUUUCCUUAUGCAAAUUGUUAAAGGAAAUCUUUUAAAUAGGACAAAAUUACUAUUGAUUGAAAUUCAUGUGAAUCUCAUAGUGGAUUUCACUCUAUAUUAUUUAGAAGGAUUCACUGGAUUUCACCUUGUGCUGAAAAGAGUAUAUCUCACAAUGUGA